AUGGGUAAGGAAAAGACUCAUAUCAACGUCGUCGUCAUCGGCCAUGUCGACUCCGGCAAGUCCACCACCACUGGCCACUUGAUCUACAAGUGCGGUGGUAUCGACAAGCGAACCAUCGAGAAGUUCGAGAAGGAAGCCGCUGAGUUGGGCAAGGGUUCAUUCAAGUAUGCCUGGGUUUUGGACAAACUGAAGGCCGAACGUGAACGUGGUAUCACCAUUGAUAUCGCUCUCUGGAAGUUCGAGACCCCCAAGUACAUGGUCACCGUCAUCGACGCCCCCGGCCAUCGUGAUUUCAUCAAGAACAUGAUUACUGGUACUUCCCAGGCUGAUUGCGCCAUUCUCAUCAUUGCCGCCGGUACUGGUGAAUUCGAAGCUGGUAUCUCCAAGGAUGGCCAGACUCGUGAGCACGCUCUUCUUGCCUUCACCCUCGGUGUCCGACAGCUCAUUGUCGCCAUCAACAAGAUGGACACCACCAAGUGGUCUGAGGAUCGUUUCAACGAAAUCAUCAAGGAGACAUCCAACUUCAUCAAGAAGGUCGGAUACAACCCCAAGUCCGUUCCUUUCGUCCCCAUCUCCGGCUUCAACGGUGACAACAUGAUCGAUGUUUCCACCAACUGCCCCUGGUAUAAGGGAUGGGAGAAGGAGUCCAAGGCCAGCAAGGCUACCGGAAAGACUCUUCUCGAAGCCAUUGAUGCCAUCGACCCUCCUUCGCGACCCACUGACAAGCCCCUUCGUCUUCCUCUCCAGGAUGUGUACAAGAUCUCUGGUAUUGGAACGGUGCCCGUCGGUCGUGUUGAGACUGGUAUCAUCAAGGCCGGUAUGGUCGUCACCUUUGCUCCCGCCAACGUCACCACUGAAGUCAAGUCCGUCGAAAUGCACCACGAACAGCUCGCUGAGGGUGUUCCCGGUGACAAUGUUGGUUUCAACGUGAAGAACGUCUCCGUCAAGGAAGUUCGUCGUGGAAACGUUGCCUCCGACUCCAAGAACGACCCCGCCAAGGGUGCCGAUUCUUUCAACGCCCAGGUCAUUGUCCUCAACCACCCCGGUCAAAUUGGUGCUGGUUACGCCCCAGUCUUGGAUUGCCACACUGCCCACAUUGCUUGCAAGUUCUCUGAGCUCCUUGAGAAGAUCGAUCGUCGUACCGGCAAGUCCAUUGAGAACAACCCCAAGUUCGUCAAGUCCGGUGAUGCCGCUAUCGUCAAGAUGGUUCCCAGCAAGCCCAUGUGCGUUGAGGCUUUCACCGACUAUCCUCCUCUUGGUCGUUUCGCCGUCCGUGACAUGAGACAGACCGUCGCUGUCGGUGUCAUCAAGUCUGUUGCUAAGUCUGAUGGCAAAGGAGGCAAGGUCACCAAGAGUGCUGCCAAGAAGAAGUAA